AUGGACGAAUCAAACUCACAGAGAAAACGAAUUGCUGUUGCGGUUUCCUCCCAAGAAGUCCAAGGUGUACGAUCGACCAGCCUGAACUACAACAUUAGCGUUUCGAGAAAGUAUUCCGGCCGGAAUUCCAAUGCAUCUCCUGCUCUAGCAAGCCCGCCACUCUACACACAUAACAUGAUGAACUUUGUCGGGCAAGACAGCCUGGGAGAUCAGAGCGACAUGACUUAUGGAUGCGGCCCGAAGCCGUAUCACCAAGUCCAGGAGUGGACGAAUGGAUAUGGUGACGACCAGCCCAUGGAUUUCGAGACAACUCACCAGGGAGCGCAGGGCAGUGACUAUCAGUAUAUGAUGGGAUCAUAUCGCUCCCCGGUCAAUCCAAUGGUAGAGAGAGGAAACAGCAUGACAUACAUGGAUGCCUGUGGGGGUUAUGGCUACAACAAUGCGCCAGGCCGACAGGCGUCUGCAGGAGAUGCCGGUUACUCUUUUAGCAGCGCAGUUUCUUGCUACUCUGAAUCAACCGCUGGCAAUGCGGACAAGAUGGCACCUUUGUCCUCGAGGCGCUCCCGACCAGGCUCUGUGAGCACCAUUGGCCGCCGAACCCCGGCCGUCUCCAAUGGGACAGACCAUUCCGCACUGAUGGAUAUCAGUGGAAGUCACUAUCACGCGUACGAUACCAGUGCUUUGGCUCCAUAUCAUGGAGGCUCUAUGGAUCGUAGCACGGACAUGUAUACUACUGUCCCGCCGGUAGACGAGUUUGGACAGGGAACUUCGUUGAGAUCUUCUCUGCCGGGGUACCCCUACCGAUACCCGGAUACCACGCCAGAAGGUGGAAACGUUCCUGUACUGGACGACCAACAGUAUCUUGUCCAGGGUCGUGGAUCGUACCUCGGAGGGAUUUUGGCAACGGAAAAUGGCACCAUGAACUGUCGAGGGAGCGCUUCUGCCGGCCUUCACAGCUGA